UUAACUUCACAAAUGUGCAGUUAUGCAGCUCAAUGAUCUAAACAACUUAUUUGCACUUAUGCUCCCAUGAUCCCCUUAAGCAGAAUUAAAGAACUCUGCGGAUUUUUGAAUGUGUUCACUCAUUCAGAAAUUGCUUCAAGGCAAAGAAAUGGGAGUGAUGUGGCUGUAAAUCACAACAUGUGAUGUCUCGACAGUGAAGAAAACUCCAAAGAAAACACUGCAACAAACAGCAUAAAAAAAACACCUCCAACAUGUCGCUCCUCACUCACCUGUUGGCGUGUCUGUUCGGUAUGGGCUCCUGGGUGUCCAUCAACGGCCUGUGGGUGGAGCUGCCGCUGAUUGUUCCCCAGAUCCCUGAGGGCUGGUACCUGCCCUCGUACCUCUCCGUCCUCAUCCAGAUGGCCAAUGUUGGGCCUCUCUUCGUCACCCUGAUGCAUCGCUUCCGGCCGGGCGCCCUGAACGAGGUGGCUGUCAUAUAUGUGAUCAUCGCCCUGGGCACUGUGGCCAGUUUCCUGUUGGGCUUCUUCUGGAAGGAGACUGUUGUAGUGGCAGGUGUGCCCCGCAGUGUAGCUCUACUUGUCUUAACGUUCUUCCUCGCUGCUGUUGACUGCACUUCCUCCGUCACCUUCCUGCCCUUCAUGAUGCGUCUCAAGCCUCAGUAUCUCACCACCUACUACAUUGGAGAGGGUGUAAGUGGCCUGCUGCCUGCUCUAGUGGCUUUGAUCCAGGGUGUUGGAGUGGUCCACUGCAUAAACAGCACCCAGUCUCUGAACCAGACCCUGAACGCCUCCAACAGCGCUGUGACCUUUGAAGUCUGGGCCCAGUACCAGCCGGCCAACUUCUCAGCUGAGGUGUUUUUCUUCAUUUUGAGUGCCAUGAUGCUGGUGUGCCUGGCGGCCUUUCUGCUGCUGAACUACCACCCUGCUGUGGUCAGGGACCAUGCUAAUGGCCGAUAUACCAACGGAGUCAAAGAGAAACAUCAGAAAAACAGGGAGUGGGUUGAGCAGAAGCCCAUGAUGGAUCCAUACAGACCUACAAACCAGAGGCGCAAAAGCAGCUUUGGCACUGGUGCUUACAGCUGGAUGCAGGUGUCUUACAUCUUUGUCAUCCUGGCUUGGGUUAAUGCUCUGUCCAACGUGGUGCUUCCAUCGGUGCAGUCCUACUCGUGUAUGCCAUAUGGUAACAAUGCCUAUCACCUAUCAGCCACCAUGGCUGCUGUGUCCAACCCUCUCGCCUGCUUCAUCGCUAUGUUCUUUCCAAUAAGAUCCCUGCUGUUGAUGGGAGCCCUCACAGUGAUCGGCAGUGGAGUUGGAGCUUUUAUAAUGGGAAUGGCAGUACUGAGUCCAUGUCCACUGCUGGUUAAUGACAGCUCGGGUGAUAUCAUCAUUGUGAUGGCCUGGAUCAUCUUUAUUCUCACUCUGUCCUAUGUGAAGGUAAUCAUCGGGGUGAUCCUGCGUGAUGAGGGCCACAGUGCCCUCGUGUGGUGUGGAGCUGUAGUGCAGUUAGGCUCUCUGCUGGGCGCUGUGACCAUGUUUCCACUGGUCAGUGUGUACAGUUUCUUCUCAUCAGGAGACCCGUGUAGCACAACAUGUCCCUAAGUGAAGACAUUGUGCAGAAGAGACUGGAGGCAGAUACAGGAAAGACUGGAUAGGUGUCCCUUCUUUAAUUGAAACAAGAUAUUCAGUGGAGGAAAGAACGUGAGAAAUCAGGUUGAAGCCUACUGUAUGUAUUGGAUUUUUUUUGUUUUUUUUUCUUCAAUAAAACAAACAAGCUAGUUUUAUUGAAGCUGCACUGACCAUGUUGCUAAUAAAUGUUAUGAUUUCAGACAGGAUGCAAAUGUUGCAGAUGAAGCAGUGAAUUUACAUUGUGUGAUGAAUGUACAAGUAGAUGCAGUUCAGACCUCAAGAGAAUUGAAGGACGGGUUCACAGUUUUCCAAGUCUGCCUUAAA